AUGGAUCCUACUUACAACGAAUCAAGCAAUGCAUGCAACUCACAUCAGUACGUCUGGAGUAACUGCUCCACUGUAGGCGACGCCGUGACCUGGCAACAGAACCAGCCUUUUGAAUGUGAGAAAAACAAAUGUACUAGCAUUAACGGAUACAUGUGGACAACUAAUAACUGUGCUGACGAUAAACCGUUUGUCUGUGAAACUACAGCAGGACUUUGUACUUUUGAGGAGAGGAAUCUAACUGCAGAACCAGUAGAUUUUACAAAGCUGAACCUCAGCACCACUGAUAUAAGUGAAUGUGAAGGACUAUGUAUGAACACGGAGAUGGUUCCGACGUGUGCAUUCGCUGAGACGUCCCUUUCCGCCUUUGAGAAGGCAAGAGAGAAUGACACUGUAUUACAUGUAGUGUUAAAGAACGCCAGCCAGGAGCUGUGUUUUUCCCGCUGUCUGACGUCCAGUAUCGAUGACAUGCAGUGCCAGGCCGUUUUGAACAUCACGUAUACAUCGGGCUGUACCUUGUACUACGGAUUGAGAAGACUAACCAUACCAGAAUCUGCAUUCCUACUUAGCGAUAUCAAAGUGUUCUUCAGAACAUGCACAACUGAUCCGUCCACACCAUCAAAAACCACGACUUCGACGACAACAACAGAAGCCAGUACCACUACUACCACGACUACCCCAGCUCAAGUCUAUCGAACAUCCACAGAUGACGACGAAACGGCAGACAUGCGCUCUACGAGUACUACUCAUGUACCAACAACAAGUACAACUACAACACCACGUCCAACCACAACACCAAGUACAACUACAACACCACGUCCAACCACAACACCAAGUACAACUACAACACCACGUCCAACCACAACACCAAGUACAACUACAAUACCACGUCCAACUACAACACCAAGUACAACUACAACACCACGUCCAACUACAACACCACGUCCAACUACAGCACCCCGUCCAACCAGAACACCACGGCCAACUACAACACCACGUCUUGCGACAACACCCCGCCCUAAGGACGAGUUCGGGCUGACCGUUCCGAAAACAAAACUCACCAGCUUCAAGAACAAAUAUGUGAGUGUUUAUGAGAGUAGGCCGUCCGCCGUAAGCAUGGGUGUAUUUGGAGGGGUUCUCAUUGUCCUGAUCGUCGUCCUAGUUGCUGCUAGUGAUGCCAACGUUAUUUGGGUACACGUGACAACGAUUGGAUUGAGAAACAUCAGAAUGGGAUUUGCAUCAAAGGUUGCAAACGAAGAACAGCCGGAGGUUAAGGAGGAUCCUCAACCACCCAUAUAG